UCGCCCUAAAACGUUUAACGUCCGCGUCGUUUCAUUUGUUUGUGAAUUGAGCUGAAUUUGUAGAAACAGCGAGUCGAGCCGAGGAGCUCCGCGGAGAAGACGUUUCCCUCCAGGCAGCGAUGUCUUCCCCAGAAGAAGAGCCAACGGCUGCCCUGUCGUCCGCCUUGUCGGCUGCUGUGUCGGCUGCCAUGGCCAUUGCUAUGGCUGUGGACGCCAAGGCGAAUCUCGCCACACUGCUGGACGAAUGGGAAGAAGCCCAGCACGGCACCACGGAGAAACUGGUGUCCAUCCUCACUAAAAUAUCGGAGCUGAUCGAACGGGAGACAGGAGAGUAUCACAAAGCAGACCCUGAUCCGUUCGAUGACCGUCACCCAGGACGGGCGGACCCAGACUGCAUGCUGGGACAACUCCUGAAGAUGCUCUUUAUGAAUGAUGACUUCACCAAUGCGCUGUUGGACACGUACAUAAUGACCAGCAGAGAGCUGAACCUCAACACAGCCGCCUGCCGUCUGCUCCAGAACAUCAUGCCGGGUCUGGAGACGGCCGUCGUCUUCCAGGAGAAGGAGGGUCUGGUGGAGAAGUUGUUCAGCUGGGCUCAUGAAGCCGAGCGGCCGCUGUGCGUCUACGCCACGGGGCUGCUGGCCAGAGCCAUGAGCAACCAGGAAGUGGCAACCAGCUACAGAGAGGAGAACACUCGGCUGGUGCCGGUCAUGAUCCGACGCCUGCAUGAGCUGCAAACCGAAGAGGCCAAGAAUCUCCUCAGUCCCACCAAGACCCCCCAGAAUCUACCUCAGGACUCUCAGGUUGAAGCCACUCAGACCUCAGGCAUCUCGACGGACCGAGACAAGACGGAGGGGGGGGCUGUGGGAGAGGAGGAAGACAGAAAAGAGAGAGACGGAGAGAGCAGCAGGACGAAGGCCAAACCUCUGUCCCUGCUCGGGUCGGCCCUGAAAAAUGGAGGCUGCAGCGGUGGGCCCAGCUCCACCCGGCUGCUUCCAGACUUUGUGUACCAAGCGAGCCCGGACCCUCAGGCCUCCAGGGAGACGGAUGACAAACAGGGAGGAGGAGGAGGAGGAGGAGGAGGGAAAAAACGGGCGGUAAAGGAGAACGGGAGGAAGGCUAAGCAGAAGCUCAACUUCACCUCCGGCUCGUCCAACAAGGCCGACGAGGAGGCGGAGAGGACCGACGCCAGCAACCAGCCUGGCAACAGCUCCUCCUGGUCUGAGAUGAGCUCGAUGGUGAUUGGCUCCGACUACUGCCUCUGCCCGCUGAGCCCGGCCAUGGAGCAGAGGCUCAUCCUGCAGUAUCUGACGCCGCUCGGAGAUUACCAGGAGCUGCUCGCCGUCUUCAUGCAGCUGGACACGCGCUCGUUGCUGAUGAACUACAUCGACCUGAGGCAGACCAAGAACGUCCAGCUCAUCUUCGACGCGCUCCUGUAUCUCGCCUCGCUGCUCCUCCAUAAGAAGUUUGCGGCGGAGUUCAUCGCUCACGGAGGAGUGCAGAGACUUCUGGAGAUCCCGAGGCCGUCUAUGGCAGCGACUGGAGUUUCACUCUGCCUGUACUAUCUGGCUUACAACCAGGACGCUAUGGAGAGGGUGUGCAUGCUGAUGGACGGCGUGCUGUCAGACAUGGUGUCCUACGCUCUCUGGCUGCUGGAGUCGUCCCACGCUUCAGGCGUCUGCCACGCCACCAUGUUUUUCUCCAUCUCUUUCUCCUUCAGGGCCGUGCUGCAGCUCUUCGACAACCAGGACGGCCUGCGGCGGCUCGUCAACCUGGUCAGCACUCUGGAGAUCCUCAACAUGGAGAACGAGGUGUCCAUGGUGAGCGAUGACCAGGUCUUCUCCAGCCGACAGACGGCCAAGCACACCUGCAUGGCCCUGCGCAGGUACUUUGAGGCUCACCUGGCGGUAAAGGCAGAACAGGUGAAGCAGUCUUUGCACACAUCAGACGAAGGCACCAUUGUUCCCCAGCAGCCAUUUUACAAGGCGUACACGUACACCAGAGAGCAGGUUAUUGAGAUGAUGGAGUUUCUGAUCGAGUGCGGGCCUCCUCAGCUCCAAUGGGAACCGGUGGAGGUUUUCUACAAGCUGUCCUGUGUUCCUUUAAUGCUGCAGCUCAUUUCUACGGCCUGCGACUGGAGGACUUACUACGGCAGGAGUGACACAGUGCGUUACGCCUUGGACAUCCUCGCCAUCCUGACGGUGGUUCCCAAAGUCCAGCUGGUGCUAGCGGACACAGUAGACAUUUUGGAUGAAACCAGGUCUCUUGUUUCCACUGUGGGUAUGAGCAUCAUCCUGGGCGUCGCGGAGGGCGAGGUGUUCGUCAACGAUGCCGAGAUCCAAAAGUCUGCGCUACAGGUGAUAAUAAACUGUGUGUGCGCUCCAGACCAGAGCCUGAACACGGUGGGUGCUUUCGCUGUCACCCCCCUCAGGCCGUCCCUUCACCCCCAGCAGCCGCCCGCCCCCCACAACAGGGUGCUGGCCCACAUGUGGCAGGUAGUGCAGAACAACAACGGUAUAAAGGUGCUGCUGUCUCUGCUGUCGGUGAAGAUGCCCAUCACAGACGCAGACCUGAUCCGAGCUCUGUCCUGCAAGGCUCUGGUCGGACUCUCUCGCAGCUCAGCGAUCAGACAGAUCAUCAGCAAACUACCGCUGUUCACCAGCGGCCACAUCCAACAGCUGAUGAAGGAGCCGGUGCUGCAGGACAAACGCAGCGAGCACGUGCGAUUCUGCCGCUACGCCGCCGAGAUGACGGAGCGAGUGUCCGGGAAGCCUCUGCUCAUGGGUACCGACGUGUCAUUGGCUCGUCUGCAGAGGGCCAACGUGGUCGCCCAGUCGCGGAUCACCUUCUCUGAGAAGGAACUCCUCAUGCUGAUCAGGAACCACCUUGUGGCGAAAGGGCUCCACGACACGGCGAACACGCUCGUUAAGGAGGCAAAUUUAUCCGUAGGAUCCCUUUGUCCGAACUCUUCCUCCUGCGUCACCCCUCCCCCCUCCCCCUCCCCACUGAUCCCCAGGACUUGCCGGCUCGCCGGCGGGAUCGCGGCUCGUGUUGCCAGCCACGUCGGAUCCUCUCCCGUGUCCUCGGUCACCGCGGUCUCCUCCACCUCGUCUCUGCCUCCCUCCCGCACCCUCAUCAGCCCUCACCCCUCAUGCUCCUCUUUACCCGCCGCUGCCCACCCCCCCCCUCCUCCUCCUCCAACUCCUCAUCCUCCUCAUGCUGGGCAGGGCUCACAUCUGGCUGGCCGGAUUUUGUUCACACGGGAACGCCCAGUGGCGUCCAGCAACUCAGGGAAAAAGCUUCGCGCGCUGAAGCAGAAGUCUGACCACGGUGCUUUCAUACAGACUCCUGCCAUGAAGAAGCAGCUGGAGCGCCACCUUCCUUCCCCCCCGACCCUUGACAGCAUCAUCACCGAGUACCUGAGGGAACAACACGCCCGCUGCCCCAAUCCUGUCACCACCUGCCCCCCCUUCUCCCUUUUCACCCCCCACCGAUGCCCCGAGCCCAAGCAGAGGCGACAGGCGUCGCCCAACUUCACGGCCCGCCUGGGGAGCAGGGUGCUGUACCCGAAGUACGGAGGAGUGGACAGAGCGUGUCUGGACAGACAUCUGAUAUUCAGCAGGUUUCGUCCGAUGUCGGUCUUCCACGAGGGCGACGGAGACGAGAGCGGCUUCACCUGUUGUGCCUUCUCAGCCCGCGAGCGUUUCCUGAUGCUGGGGACCUGCUCCGGUCACCUCAAAUUCUACAACGUCUUCUCCGGAGAGGAGGAGGCCAACUACACCUGCCACACGUCAGCCAUCACACACCUCGAACCCUCCAGGGACGGGAAAUUUCUGCUUACCUCUGCUUCCUGGAGCGUCCCGCUGUCGGCCCUCUGGAGUAUGGACGGUGUCUUUAGCUUGAAAAACUCAUUUGUGGACGAUCACUACGUCGAGUUCAGUAAACUCUCUCAGGACAGAGUCAUCGGCACCAAGGACCAAGUCGCACAUAUCUACGACAUCCAGACGGGUCAGAAGACUCUGACCCUGAACGACCCCGCCCUGGCCAACAACUACAAGAGGAACUGUGCCACCUUCAACCCCACCGACGACCUGGUGCUGAACGACGGGGUGCUGUGGGACGUGCGGGUGUCUCGGGCCAUCCAUAAGUUCGACAAGUUCAACAUGAACAUCAGCGGCGUUUUCCAUCCCAACGGCCUGGAGGUCAUCAUCAACACUGAGAUUUGGGACCUGAGGUCCUUCCACCUCCUGCACACUGUCCCUGCCCUGGACCAGUGCAGGGUGGUCUUCAACAGUAACGCCACCAUCAUGUAUGGAGCAAUGCUUCAAGCCGAUGAUGAGGUUGAUGCCAUGGACCAGCAGAUGAAGAGUCCCUUCGGCUCGUCCUUCAGAACCUUUGAUGCUACAGACUACAAGCCCAUCGCCACAGUGGACGUGAAGAGGAACAUCUUUGACCUGUGUACUGACAACAAAGACUGCUACCUGGCUGUCAUUGAGAACCAGGACACGGUGAGUCUGGACAUGGUGUGUCGUCUCUACGAGGUGGGACGACAGAAGCUGGCUGAAGAGGGAGACGACGACGAUGAGGACGACGAAGACCAGGAUGAUGAUGAUUCUUCAGACACAGAUGACGAUGACGACGACGACGACGAUGACGACAUGGACACGGACCCGCUCAUGGAGGAGCUGGCCAAUAACGACAACCGGGAAAACGGGGACCGAGGCAACUCCCCCACAGACGAAGAGAUCGCAGAUCUUCUCGGGAGCAACAGCGACGAUGACAACAACAACGACGACGACGACGAUGAUUCAGAAGAUUCAGACAACUCGUACAGAAGUGAUGAGGGAUCUGACUUACUGGGCAACAUGGAUUACUACCCACGAUCCUCUGAUGAGGACACCCAGUUCUUGCGGUCGAUCCAUGACGGGUGGUUCUCCUGACCGUCUCCUCUGUGACACUGUGAACCUCAACAAGGACUUCUGUCUCUUUUUUUAUAUAUAUAUAUAAACCAUCACUUCUCUCUCAUCGGCGAGUCGACUGUGAACGCACUGACGUGAACGUCAGCGUCCUGGAGGAUGGAAGAACAUCUGUAAUAUUCUCUCUGUAUAUAUUUUAAACUUCAGAGAGAUGACAGUGAUGACGGAUGAAUAAAUAUUUCCCAAAGAUCACGGGGCUCAGAUGAAUACACUGACGUCUCCCUCCACCUGGUUUCCUGCCUCUUGUUUCAACGGCACAGUGAUUGUAAAAGUUUUGAAUGAAAAGUAUUUGACGUUUUAUUCUGGAGGAAAAAUUGACUGAUGCAGAAUAAGUCAUUUAAUUUCAUUUGUUUUUUUCAUGUUUUAUCAAACUGUUUUUUUGUCGCGUCACUAUCGAGCUCAGAGUUUAUUUCGUUGACCACGAGCCACUGAAGAAUGUGAACUUAUUUGAAGGACAGUUUAUAGUGUUUUGUUCCCCAGUUUUCUCAUAAAUAAAUCAUCCAGGCUUGGUCUAAUAGUCAUAACACUUAG